GAACCUGGAAAGGUCAGGAGUUGGGGAAAGACUUGGGUAAUGGGGUCGCAAGAAAAGACAAAGCUCCUCCUUCCCUCGAUCCUCUACUUACUCCCAACUAGAGCGGUAGGAAGAGACGGGAGCGAAAACUCCAGAGAAGGCUUCGCCAGAGAAGCAACUUUAAAAGCGUAAACAGUCCAGACUUCCUACUCCUGGUCACUCUUGGAAGCCUCGCGCGUCCCUGUAGUUUUCUUAGCUUCGAUAGGAAAGUGGUUUGCCAAGGUCUUGUUCUGGGGUAUUUUUCGAUGUGCCGGUCUAUUCUGCAACCUUGGACUUUCCCAUGACCUUACCUGCUCAGAUCAAUGACCCGGAUCCUGGACUCUGGAUAAUUGUGUACUCUGUGCCAGCAUGCCUUGCACUGAUAGUCAGCCUUAAUCCACCAAUCACAGAUAACAUUAUGUGGAGGAGUAUAUCAGAUCUACAUUCGGCUGCUUGUGUUGUGGGUUCUGCUGUGUUGGGAUAUUCCUUGGUUACUACUGCUCAAAAUAACAUCUUGCAUGAGGAAGAAGGCAGGGAGUUAUUUGGUCUGGUGAUUGUUACUGCCUGGAUGAGCCUUUGUCGUAAUUCAGCCAAAAAUUCCCUGGGUGGAUUUCACUUGAUCAUUGCAAUUUUCCUCUGCCUUUUUCCUUUUGUUAUGUGGUUAUACAUCUACGUGAAUACAGAAAUGCGAGCAUCAUGGCCAUCUCACUGUAAAACUGUAAUUUAAAAUAAUGGAAAGCAUCAAGAAUUCCAUGACUUCAGAGGUUGCUUCUUUACUGAUGCCAAAUGAACAGGAACCACAAAUAAGGCUAAUUAUUUCCCAUGAAGACCAGUUUAUCUAAAGUGCUCCUAAAGACUGAAUAUUCGAAGAUAACUGAAAACUAAAUUCUGUGGAUUAUGACCUUUGUUUUCAACUGCAUUAAAGCUAGUUGGUUCAUAAUUUCCAUUUUAUUGUGUGGUCGACACACGCAAGAGGUUGGACUGAAUAAAUCAAAGUGUCUCUGUGGAAGAUGCCUAUAGUUUGAGCUUCAGGCUGAAGCAUAGGCUGAAGCCAGACAACAUCAGUGGAAGAACUGUUGUAUAUGUUGUAUAUAUUUAUGAAAUGUAAAUAAAUAUAUUAAUUUGAUAUGGA